AUGAGGAGCCGCCCGGCGCUGGCUGCGCUGCUCGUCCUGGCGCUGCCGCUCGCCCUCGCCCGCCGCCCCCGCGCCGCCCCGCCGGGCCCCGCGCCCCCCGCACAGGGGAUGCCCGUCCCGGAGCCGCUGCCCUGGAGAGCCCGCGGCAGCCCCGGGGCCGCCUACGCCGCGCUGCUGCAGCUGCUGCGGGGGGAGGACGCCGGUCCCCCCGCGGCUCCGCAGAAGCGGGACAUGCACGACUUCUUCGUGGGGCUCAUGGGGAAGCGGGCGGCGGAGUCCGGGCGGCCGGCGGGGCGGGGGAGCGGCGGCCCGUCCCCUCGGUGCUCCCCGGGCCCCCCCGCGGCCGGCGGGGCCCCGCUGCGGGCGCUGUGA